UUUGAACAGGUUUAGUAUUGCCGUAACCUGUUCUGACCCCUUUUUAUACAAAGAAUAUUCUAUACAGGAAGGAGUAAACCUUCGACUCCCGCCAAACCUGUAUACAUGUACACGGUGAUCAUAGAAUAUUUCACGAAGUGGCAGCGUCGCGGCGACUGACUGCAAAACUUGUCUAAUCUUUUCUUGUUUUUAUCUUAACUCGGUCUAUAAGUGCUUGACACUUCGUAACAGAACUAUUGAGUGAAGAUCUACUUCGCGAUUACUAACCGUUUAAUUGAACCGAAUAUUAUGCAAUGAUAGACUUUAUGAAGAUCAAUCACUGUAAUGUGUUAUACAUUAAAUGAACAUAUAUCGAAGCAAACGUAUAUUACAAACUUUUGAUCGCUUUAGGCAAUACUAAUGACCACUGAAUAAUACCACUACAUGAGUAUGAGGUUAACUACACAAUUGAUAUCAAAUGUCUGCUGCAAAUAUUACCGGACGCUAGAAAUUGGAGAAGACUUGGCACAAGCAUAGCAGAAAGCGCAUUCCUCGUGGACAAUGAAAACCUGUGACAUUUUAUUAUAAUAACUAAAGUCUGAAAUCAGUUGUUAUCAUCGUUUUGUCACGUAAGGAUCAUCAUGAGUCUAACAUCAGCAGAGUCUACGCUAGGUCAGAUGAAGGUACAGUCUCCUGAAAGAUGGUGGGAAAAAUACUUUGGAUGGCUCACACAUGUAUCAGUAGAGCCCACUAUGUGGCUAUAUAUGAUGGCUUUUAUGAUAACAUCAGUAGUCGAACAAUCUUUCUUCGUUUAUAAGUCCUGUCGUGUCGAUCAUGGAUUUUCUGAAGAGACAUGUCGUAAUAUCAGCAGCAAUUCUACAUUAAACGCCAUAGUGCAGGUCACUGUCUCAGAAUUUCAUCAAUGGAACAAUAUUGCUGGUCACAUAGUGCCGAUUAUUCUGGCAAUGUUUUUUGGCAAUUGGAGUGAUCGGCGUGGAAGAAAGUUACCAUUGAUUGUUGGGCUUUUUGGCAAACUCAUUUAUUCUCUCAUGAUUGUAGUGAAUUCAUUGAUGGACACUUGGAAUUUAAAUAUGGUGGUAUACACUGCUAGUUUACCAAUGGGAAUCUUAGGUGGUGAUGUUGCCAUUUUCGCAUGUUGUUUUGCAUACAUAUCAGACGUGUCUUCGUUGAAGCAACGAACACUUAGAGUGACAAUAUUAGAUGUAGCAUAUCUCAGUACAAUGCCAACAGGUAUUGCCCUGGGUUCGUAUCUGUACAACAACGUUGUGAAUUCUUCCUAUACCAUAAUGUUUGUUAUCAAUUCAUCAUUACUGGUGCUCUCGAUUAUUUAUUCAGCAGUCAGGCUAAAAUGUAGAACCACUGACCAUCAGCAACCACUUGCCGGUGUCAAUAUUUUUACUGACUUCUUUGAUCUGAAGCAUGUAAUUGCAACUCUUAAAACUUUAACCAAACCUAGACGAAAUUCUGGUAGACUUCACUUAUGGAUACUGCUACUCGCCAUGGCUCUUUAUACUUUUCAACGUGAUGAAAAAUCUAUGAGUUAUUUGUACACACAAUUGACUUUCCAAUGGGACGUUGCUUCCUUUAGUCAGUUUCGCACGUAUCAGUCAUGCUUAUUUGUAGUAGCUGUACUUAUUGCUGUCCCUAUUUUAAGCAAACUAAUUGGACUCAGAGACACCAUAAUAGUGGUUAUCGGCGCAUGUGCACAUGCUAGUGGAAGAGUCAUAUUUGCUCUAGCUGAGAUACCAGAAUUAUUUUACGUCGGAGCUACUAUCGCUGCACUCGGUCCAAUUGUGGCACCAGCGCUGAGAUCGAUGACUUCAAAAUCUGUGCCGAUGCAUGAACGAGGAAAAGUCUUCGCGAUGCUGUCAAUCUGCGAUACCGCAGUACCACUCUUCAGUGGAAUUUUAUAUUCACAACUUUACAAUGCAACAAUCAACACAGCUCCUAGUUCUAUUUACUGGCUGACCUUUUCUACUCAGAUUGCUGUUCUUCUUCUUAUACUGUUAAUUCACGUCUCUCCUGGAUCCAAAAGCUUGGAUCACGAAUUUUCAGAAGAAAAUGAUUCUGGUGAAUCAGCGUUGAAUUCCAGAAGGGAAUCACUGGAAGCAGUAAACUGAUGAAUCCCAUAAAUUCGUAGAAUACAUUAUAUUUUUGCCAAUCAAGGCACUAGGAAUAAUUAUUACAUUAAUUAUGUACAAUUAUUUGUACAACUUUGUUAUGUGCGAUGCAUAUUUAUAUUAGUAACGAUAUCAGUGCCUCGUUGUGACUUAUAUGUAUUAUCCUGAAUGACAAUUAUGGAUACAUGAUCAUUGUAUAAUGACAUGGUGAACCUUUUUUGCUCAAAAGAAUUCCAUAGAUAAAUUAACUUAAAAGUGUCUAAAACUAAGUUAUAGUAUUUUAAUGUGGAGACUGUAUAAUCAUUUAUGACAUACAAUUAUAGAUCAUACAAUAUAAACUAAAGACUUGAAUAUAUACAUAGUCGUUAACUAUUCUGAAUGAAAGAUUUCAUCGUUACAGAAAUAAACAUUAGUAUCCAUCAUUGCGGAUAUGAUAAAGAAAA